CGUCCCGCCGCCCGCCACAGCCUGCGGGAGGGACGCUCGGCGGCCGCGACGGGGGGCGCUGGCGGCGGCGGACGCUGCAGCGGCGGCGGGGCUGGCGCCGCGGCGGCUCCCGGGCCGGGACGGGCCUGGGCACCGGGCGGAGCUCGGCGGCCGGGCGGCAGCGGCGCUGAGUGGGCACGGCGCCUGCAGCCGAGCCCCGGCCCCGGGGGCGCCGCCUCCGCCCGCGGCUUCUGCACGGCUGGAUUGCUACUCCUCCUGCUAUGAUGCCUGGGCAGAUCCCAGACCCUUCCGUGACUGCCGGCUCUCUGCCAGGGCUUGGCCCCCUGACUGGACUCCCUGGCUCGGCUCUGACUGCGGAGGAGCUGAAAUACGCCGACAUCCGCAACAUCGGGGCCAUGAUUGCUCCUUUGCACUUCCUGGAGGUGAAACUGGGCAAGAGGCCCCAACCUGUGAAAAGUGAGCUAGAUGAGGAGGAGGAGCGGAGGAAAAGGCGCCGGGAGAAGAACAAAGUGGCGGCGGCCCGAUGCCGGAACAAGAAGAAGGAACGGACGGAGUUUCUGCAGCGGGAAUCUGAGCGGCUGGAACUCAUGAACGCAGAGCUGAAGACCCAGAUCGAGGAGCUGAAGCAGGAGCGGCAGCAGCUCAUCCUGAUGCUGAACCGCCAUCGCCCCACCUGUAUCGUCCGGACAGACAGCGUCAAGACCCCCGAGUCAGAAGGCAACCCGCUGCUGGAGCAGCUGGAGAAGAAGUGACCAUGGCUGGGCAGAGGAGGAGGAGGAAGAGGAGGACUUGGGGAGAGGGAGGAAGAGGAGGGGUCCCAGAGGGCCCCUCCUGGCUGCAUAUAAAACUUUGUAAUGAGGCUCAGUACAGCCAGUACCGGCCGGGCUCUUUUGUGACACUCAGAUCAGCCACACGAGGGGAAGAGCCGGCUGAUGAACCCCGGAAGGACCCAGCGCUGAGACCAAAGUAGACCCGCGGGUGGGGCUGGCCUGCCUGGGGCCCGGAUUGCAGGAGGCAGGGCAUAGACCCCCCCCCGCCAGAGAGAUGCCCAACCAUUCAGCCUCUGGCACUUCUCUGGCCUCUCUGCCAGGGUGCCCACCCGAGGGACCUCUGAGCAGCCAGGAAAAGCCAUGAGUUGCAACCAAAUGCCGCUGAGGAUGGAACUCAGAAUGAAACUGCCAUCAGCCUGCCCCCAGCCCUGACCCUGGGGGGCUGGAGAGGGGCGUGAGGGGGCCCUGCCAUACCCGCCCACCUCGGUCCAGCGCGGCCCUGCCGGAGCGGCAGCCGGGGCGCACCCUCGCCGGCCCUGCUGGAGUUUGCUGUGGGCACGAGGCGCAGGCGCCCUUCCAAAGCACAUACUCACUGAAUGUUUACAGACUGGCUGUCCUGGCAGGGCUUUCAACUGCACAUGUUUUUUAUACUUUUUUUUUUUUAAUAUUUUUUACAAAAAAAAGAUUUUAUACAAGCAAUAUAUAUGUGGAUUUCUAUAAUCACUUGAUGUGAUACAGUAUAAAUAUGCUAUGGUUUGUUUGUUACGAA